CGAGUUGAGGCACUUUCACUUCGUACUCGUCGCCCACACUGUAUUCUCUUUACACUUCAGUUUUUCAGUGAAUCUCGUAAUCUUAUUUAGAUCUCAUCAUAUAUCGUAUCCUCUUCCAACUCAAUUCGAUUCGAUAAUGGCUUCUUCAGUGCUCUCCAUAGCUUCACACUCGGUCUCUCCCUCUUCUUCACUAUCGAUGCACGAAAAACAAAAGGGAAAGCCCAAGCUUGGAAGCAACAGAGCCAACCCCUUCUCGAAUUCAAGAUCUUCGGGUCGGAUCUCUAUGGCUGUUGCAGUUAAUGUUUCUCGAUUUGAGGGCAUUCCGAUGGCUCCUCCUGAUCCAAUUCUUGGAGUUUCUGAAGCAUUUAGAGCAGACAGAAACGAUGUCAAGCUCAAUCUUGGAGUUGGGGCCUACAGAACGGAGGAACUGAAGCCAUAUGUGCUUGAUGUUGUUAAGAAGGCAGAGAAUCUUAUGCUGGAGAGAGGGGAAAACAAGGAGUAUCUCCCUAUUGAGGGUUUGGCUGCAUUUAAUAAGGCAACUGCAGAGUUGUUACUCGGAGCAGACAACCCAGUAAUCAAACAGCAAAGAGUUGCCACUGUCCAAGGUCUUUCUGGAACUGGUUCUCUGCGGCUAGGUGCAGCUCUGAUAGAACGAUAUUUUUCUGGGGCUAAAGUUUUGAUAUCAGCUCCUACCUGGGGUAAUCACAAGAAUAUUUUCAAUGAUGCUAGAGUCCCAUGGUCUGAGUACCGAUAUUAUGAUCCCAAGACAGUUGGCUUGGAUUUUGAGGGCAUGAUAGAAGAUAUAAAGUCAGCUCCUGAAGGAUCUUUUGUGCUACUUCAUGGAUGUGCUCAUAACCCUACUGGUAUUGAUCCAACACCUGAACAGUGGGAAAAAAUAGCUGAUGUAAUUCAAGAAAAGAACCAAAUUCCAUUUUUUGAUGUCGCUUACCAGGGGUUUGCUAGUGGAAGCCUUGAUGCAGAUGCAUCAUCUGUGAGAAUGUUUGUGUCACGUGGCAUGGAGGUUCUUGUAGCUCAGUCAUACAGUAAAAAUCUGGGUCUCUAUGCUGAAAGGAUUGGAGCAAUCAACGUCAUUUCAUCAUCACCAGAAUCUGCAGCAAGGGUAAAGAGCCAAUUGAAAAGGAUUGCCCGACCAAUGUACUCUAAUCCACCUAUUCACGGAGCUAGGAUUGUUGCGGAUGUUGUUGGAAACCCUGCUCUCUUCAAUGAAUGGAAAGCAGAGAUGGAAAUGAUGGCUGGAAGAAUAAAGAAUGUUCGACAGCAGCUAUAUGAUAGCAUUUCUUCAAAAGACAAGAGUGGAAAGGAUUGGUCAUUCAUUCUCAAGCAGAUAGGCAUGUUCUCAUUCACGGGCUUGAACAAGGACCAAAGUGACAAUAUGACAAAUAAGUGGCAUGUGUACAUGACAAAGGAUGGAAGGAUUUCCCUGGCAGGAUUGUCGUUGGCCAAAUGUGAAUACCUUGCCGAUGCUAUUAUUGACUCGUUUCAUAAUGUCAGCUGAAACUCAAUGAAAUAUGCAGUAGAACCAAGCUUGUAUUUUUGGUGAGUAUUAUCCCCAAUCACAGUGGUUGGCAUACAUGAAAAUAAUUUAGUUAUGUAUGCAUUGUCAUACGAAUGUACCUUAAAAUCCAUUAGGAAAUUUUGUAAGUUGAAGCAAAGUAUUGAUGCAUGAGUUUGCUUCUCAGACUUUGAAGCAAGUUGAAUCAAAGUAUUGAUGCAUAAUGAGUAUGUUUCUCAAUUCAUGUGGGUAAGAUUCAAUAAAGCAUUAUGACAAUAUUUUUG